UGGAGGACCUGCUGUCACCUCUGCUUCAGGGUUUGAAGGACAGGACCUCGUGAACAUGGCUAGUACAGGUAAUGAGAAUCCCUCGAGAGUCAUGGUGGACAGCUGGAAAAACAGAAUGAUCCAGACCAUCCUCUAUGUACUGGUCUCCAUUGCUCUGUUUGGCAUAGUUGUGGAGACUUGCUUCAUCUACCACCUCUACACGACCAAGCACAGCUCAGAGCUUCUUUACGAUAAGGAUUUUCUACGAACCGAUCCAACAGAAGAUACCUCUUCUUUUUGUAUCAUGGAAGCCUCUACAGUCCCUUCAAAGAAGACAAGAGCACCUCCAUUUAAGGCUUUCAAGCCUUUAGCACACCUGAGAGCUUAUGUUGAACGUCCCGGUGCAGAUGGAGUCAUGCGGUGGAACGAUAAAGUGGACCUUGAACUUCAUGAGCUGGAGUACAAAGAAAAUAAGCUGGUGGUUGAGAAAGAGGGCUAUUACUACAUCUACUCCAAACUCUGCUUUGAUGCAGAUGAAGUUUCCUUUCAUCACUUGAUGGUGAUGACCAGGCCGAGCUACAAGACCCCAUCUCCUCUUGAGCUUCUACGUAACCGCUACCAUGGAGACCACUCCAAACCACUCAAAAAAGUAGGCUCCGUUCAAAACAGCUACCUUGGUGGUAUGUUCCACCUUCUCAAAGGUGAUGCUGUUUUUGUUGUGGUGAAAAGUGGCACAGUUCGCCUGCAAACUGCUGCAGAUAACUAUUUUGGCAUGUUCAUGGUGUAGCCAGGAUUCCCUUUACUUAUUAAACUCAAAUACUGCAGGACAUGAUGAACUUAUUCGUUGUUAGACGUAUUAAAAACACAUUAAGUGAUGUGAUGAUAUUUAGCUUGCCACUUGUAUAUAACUGGCUUGGAAGGCCACAUGAUUGCAUGAUCAUCUGAACAUGAUUUAGCAAAAAAAAAUUUA